CCAUUGCCAUCAGUCCUCUACUAGUGAAUCGAACCUAUAAUUCCACAGAAGAACCAGAAGAAAUCCGAAAAAUGAAAUUCAUCAUCGUGUUAUCCAUGAUUGGAGUCAGUGCGUUAGCACAACCUUUAUCAGAGAUUACCAAUAAUCCCGGUCCUGAAAUUGCAUCGAAAUUCGAAAGAGUCAUCAGAUCUGCAGAUCCAGGAUAUGGAUAUGGUCAAUAUUAUGGGGGCGGAUAUAAUGGGCAUUACGGAGAUGAUUACGACAGGUAUGGCAGCCGCUACGGCUAUGGCGGCUACCAUGGACCCUAUGGUGGAUACCAUGGAGACGAUUAUGAUGGAUUUGAUGAUCAUUAUGGUGGCGGAUAUGGAGGAUAUUACAGUCACCGUUACUAAUGAAGACGAGGCACUUGAAAGCUGACAA